CCAUUGGUCGGUUUUCCCUUUGUGGCCCGUCUCACUGUCUCACGUCAUCAGCUGAAGAGAACAACAACGCUUUGUCUGCUUCAUCCUCAUUAUGAUUAGGAUUAGCUUUGUCCUUGCAGGCUUGACUCGGACUACUUAGCCCAUUGCAUUACAGUCACUGCCGUUGUGGACUGAUCUGUCCUGCUGAAAAUCUUUCUGCUGCCUGUGACUCUGUGUGAAUGCUAUCAACGCUUAUCAGUAGUUUGUCUAUCAUGAAAAUAACUGAUUGUCGCGAACACUCCAAGAAGCCAAAAUGAUGAAAAAGAAAGAAAUCUACACCAACAUCACUCCGCUCCCUUCGUUCAUCCCGCGCCAACUCGUUCUCUCCAUUCUCCAUAGUCACAGCGAAAUCAUUACUUUAAACCCUCUCGUCCUCUCGCACCACCCGAUCAAGGCUCCGCGUGACGCCCCCGCCGAAGAAUACUACUCGACGUGGUAUGAGAUCAUCGAGCGCAUCCAAUAUGUACCUGGAGCAGGCAAAAUUGGGUCUGGCAAGAUAAGUUUCAACGGCUGUUUCCACGAUGUUCCAUGGGGUGUCCAAACCCAUAUUUACGCGCCCAUGGGCAUUGAUCUCCGGCACAAUUACCGUGUCGCUGGUAACCAGCCAGGCGAACCCCCGGAACAUCGCGAACUAGGCAUAAAUGCACCAGCGGAGGGGUUGUAUCUCCGGGAGGAUAUUGAGAUAAGGUGCAAUUUCACGAUGACUGGGUUCGUUAAGUCGACCCUGAAAUCGGCCACAAAAGUGCUGGUUGACCGGCUGAUCAAGAAAGCCGAGUUGCUGGAUGCUGGCGUCCUGAAAGCCAUGAUGGACCAAGGCGGGAAAUUGAAGACUGUCAAUCCUGCGGAUCGCAGCAAUACGCUCAAAGACGAGCCGCAGUUGUCGCCGAUGUAUUCGCCACCACAGUAUCAACAUGCUUUCCCCGGAGGAUGGUCGCCAUCGACUCCGCAUUAUCCUCACGAUAGCAACUACUCUCGACCAACGUCCUAUGCCGGUAGUAAUAAU